CUAGCUUCACUCGUUGCUAUAGUAAACGCUAGGAAUGCUUAGUCUAUGUAUAUAUAUCGUUGAGACAACUUAAUUAAGGAGGUAUUUCUAUUAAAAAACAUUACUAUCUUCAAGGAUAUCAUCUACUUUCUUAAAGCCACCAGUCAAUCUCUUUAAUCGAGGAUGACAAGCUUGGCCAAAUUCUUUACCGGAGGAAUGGCGUUGGGGCAUAAGACAUGAAGUCUGAAGCCAUUUAUUGAGAGAGAGUGGAAACAUCGAAAAUCGCUGGGAGUUAGAAAUGGUUAUUGCAAUUUUUUAGAAAAUCAUGUAAUCUGUUGCAUGAUUUUUUUAGGAGUUGGUGGAGUUAAUUAAACUACAGGUUUUAAAAUCGGAAUCAGACUACGCAUUGAAGAUUAAAUUUCGACGAAUCAACGAACUUCGAUUUUGGCUUGCUUUGUUCCAAUUGGUCAAAUAAUAGUCUGAUUCCGGCUUAGAAGAAUCUCUUCAGAAGCCGAGACGACUCAAUGCCUGAGCAAACAUAACCUAACCUAACCAUGAGCAACAAGGCUAACGGCAGUGGUAAAUGUGAAAUAGAUCCCGUACAGGAACAAUUGGCUGGCAGAGUACGAGAAGUUGGAAAUUAUGCGAUCUGGAGUCUGUCCAGCUGUAAACCAGGGUUUGGAGUGGAUCAGCUGCGCGAUGAUAUUACAGAAACGUAUUGGCAGUCGGAUGGACAAUUGCCACAUUUAGUCAAUAUACAGUUUAAGAGAAAGACCACUAUCCGUGACAUAUGUAUCUAUACAGAUUACAAGCUGGAUGAGAGUUAUACUCCCAAUAGAAUAAGUAUCAGAGCUGGCACUAACUUCAACGACCUUCAAGAAGUAGAAGUAAUGGAUUUGAAUGAGCCAAGUGGUUGGGUAGUAAUUCCCAUUAAAAACAUCAAUGACCGCCCGAUUAGGACAUUUAUGAUACAGAUAGCAGUUAUUAGUAAUCAUCAAAAUGGCAGAGAUACUCAUAUGAGGCAGAUCAAGGUGCACAGUCCUGCUCAAGAUAUCCUCGGUCCACCAGCACCUUAUAUUCCUGGACAAUUUCUCACCAAUGAUUUCUUACGCUACGCCACUAUUAGAUAAGUUGCCUGUAACUCGGAAAUGGUUCAUUUUGUCCUUGAAUGUAACUGUUGAAGAUAAACUGAUCUCUAUAUUUAUGAAAGACGCUAUAGAUGAGGAGUUUCAAAACUUGCACAAACAUAACAAGAUCUGAAUUAGUAUUUAAACAUACUUACCGACAGAAUAUGUAUGAACCACUCGCAUGUAUAGAAAAACCAUAAACACGAUCCAUUUAGAACCAA